GCUUGCCCCAUCACACUCGAAACCCCCCAUUUUUAUUCGAUUCUCAGGGUUUAUCAGUACGGACGCGAAGCUUGGAGUUCACUAUUCAGAGUCCCAUCUCCGGUAAGAUCUCCGAUCGUCAAAGCCUCAUUCUUUACCUUCCUCAACUGUCAUUCUUUUUUUCUGUAAAACCUCAUAGCGUAUUUCACUGUUGUUAUUCGAGCGUCCAAAUUGCGUUUUUCUCAGUCGUCAACGUCGUUUUGAGAUUCUUUUAGAGCGAAAAAUAUCGAGAGAGUAUGGUUUGUGCCUUGGUUCCCUUUAUAAAGAACCAUUCUUGCUCUUCUCCGCAACAACAAAAAAUUUCGAAAUAACUCUGAGAAGCCUGGAGUAUCAAACAGCAGUGUGGUUUGAAGAUCUGAAGGAGGAAAGCCGUAACCCCUGCAUUUGUGAAAUUCUUCUUGGAUGAUGAUAAAUCUUAUUGGGUAGUGAAGAAUGUUACUGCAUGUCCCAGUUCAAUUCGUUUGUUUGCCCAGUUUUGUUGAUCACUAUUUGAAUGAAGCAAUGACUUGUCUGUUUAUGUCCAUUAUUCGAAUACAGAGGAGCGACGGAGUUCUCAGCAGACUGCAUGCCCUUCAAAUUGUCAUAAGGAAAAAGAAGGCCGUCGAUUGUAUACAAUGUUGCAACAACUUGGUUAAAGCAGAUAAUUUGUUUUAACCAUCUUUAGUCCAUGAGUCAUUGUUUUCACUGAUUUACAAAAGCAAUGAAGUUUAUCGUGCUUGCUAGAUCCAUUCGUGUCAGUCCCACUCUCCCCGAAAUAACGGGGCCUUUGCAGUUUCGUUGCUUCCAGCCCGAUUUUGUUCCAAGAGAUCCCAAGGCCAAACCGAAACGGUACAAAUACCCGCCAGUCUAUGACCCAUAUGGCCCUAGACCCCCACCCUCUGAGAAAAUCAUUAAUCUUGCUGAACGAAUAGCAGCACUAACCCCUGAGGACCGCAGACAAAUUGGUCCGACUCUCAGAGACAAGCUAAGGCUUCCAAAGAUGCAGCCAGUUUCAGUGGAAGGUAUGGACUUGGGUCCUCAGGGAGGAGGGGCUGCUGGGUCUGCCAAGGGUGAGGAGAAGAAGGCAGAGAAGACAGCGUUCGAUGUGAAGUUGGAGAAGUUUGAUGCGGCUGCCAAAAUCAAGGUGAUCAAAGAAGUCAGGGCUUUUACUAAUCUGGGAUUGAAGGAGGCUAAAGAUUUGGUUGAGAAGGCUCCUGUUGUGCUUAAACAAGGGGUCACUAAGGAGGAGGCAAAUGAGAUAAUAGAGAAAAUAAAGACUGCUGGAGGAGUUGCGAGUAUGGAAUAGAAUUCCCGGGUAUUUUGAUUUUGCUCUUAUCGGAUUUAUGACAUUUUGUGGAAGUUCCCAUUAUUCAAAAAUAUGAAUUUUGUAACGUGGAUGGAUUAGUCAUCAGAAGAGAUAUCCAAGAAUAAUUGAGAGUUGAGAACUUAUUAAGCUGUUCUUGUUCUGAACUAAGUUUUCUUGCAAGAGUAGUUACUUAUGUUCAUUCAUGUGAAACAUUUUUUGAAUGAGACUGCUUGAUUGGACUGUUUUGUUU